AUGCUCUUCCAAGGUCUUUCCCUCGCUCUCCUGGCCCAAUUCGCCUUCGCCGCCCGUCCCUUCCUUAACGAGCCCGACACCGGUAUCGCCGAUGUCCUGAAUGGCCUGCAGCCGGGCGAGCUGCCCAACAUCACUGCCGUCGUCGGCCUGCCCGACUUCGACUACGUUGCCCGCAACUACAUGAAUGUGUCGGGCUACACCUACUACCGCAACGGCGCCGCCGGCGAGUGGUCGUACCGCAACAACCUCGAGGCCUACGGCCGCGUGCGCUUCAGGCCGCGCGUGCUGGUCGACAUCACCAAGAUCGAGCAGUCACUGCCCACCACCCUGCUCGGCCACAACGUGUCGGCCCCCUUCUUCAUCAGCCCCUGCGCCAAAGCUGGCUACGCCCAUGAGGACGGCGAGAUCAACUUCCUCAACGCCGCCGCCGAUGCCAACAUUCUGUACGUCGUCUCGGACUUCACUUCCAAGACCAAGGCGGAGAUCCAGGCCGCCAAGAAGGCCGGUCAGGUGCUGUUCCAGCAGACAUACGUGCAGGAAGACCUCGAGAGCGUGCGCACCCAGCUGCAGACGGCCGAGAAGGCGGGCUUCGCCGGCAUCGUGCUGACGGUCGACUCGGCCGCCGAUGGCAACCGCCACCGCGCCGCACGCUACGGCGUCGGCAGCGCGGACGCGUCCUACACUUACUUCACCUGGGACUACUACCAGCAGCUGCGCAACAUGACGCGCCUGCCCAUCAUCCCCAAGGGCAUCAUGAGCGUCGAGGACGCGCAGAAGGCGGUCGAGCUCGGCGCUCCGGCCAUCUACCUGUCCAACCACGGCGGCCGCCAGCUCGACGGCAGCCCCUCGCCGCUCGAGGUUGCCCUCGAGAUCCAUGAGCAGGCCCCUGACGUCUUCACCAAGACCGAGGUCUACGCUGACGGCGGUGUCCGCUACGGCGCCGACGCCAUCAAGCUGCUCGCUCUCGGCGUCAAGGCUGUUGGUAUCGGCCGUCCGAUCAUGUACUCCAACGUCUUCGGCGAGGAGGGCGUCUCCAAGGCUAUCAAGCUCUUCAAGCACGAGCUCGCCAUCGAUGCCGGUAACCUGGGUGUUCCCGACCUGAAGCAGAUUGAUACCCGCUACGUUUCUUACAAGUUCGAUAACUGGUACAGCUAG